CAGAACACGUGGUAGGCGCGAUGUAUCUGGGAGUACGAGGAUUUUGCUAAUCCGGGCAACUGAUUAUGCUUGUGUCGAAGUGCCUUCGUAGCGGCUGUGUGGCAAGCCGUUUGCAACAACCGGUUAAUUGUAAAGUUUUAUUCAAACGGACAAGAGAUGGCCUGGGCAAACGGUUGACAGUGCCUGUAUGUCAGAUUUCUUCUGGAGGCAAGUCGGGACAGAAGCAAUCAAUCUUUGGUGGUUUCUUUAGUUCUAAAGGGCCGAUAACAUGGAAGACACUCGGGGUAUUUACGGUCAUCGGUGGUGCAGCUGUAUUCUAUGUUCACACUUUGAGAAAGCAGAAACAACAAGAACGUGAACGAGAAAAGACACGAUCAGUCGGUAAAGCCGCUAUUGGUGGACCGUUCUCACUUAUUGAUCAUAACGGGGAGCGAAAAACAAGUGACAAUUUUUUGGGACAAUGGCUGAUGAUUUACUUUGGAUUUUGCCAUUGUCCUGAUAUCUGUCCUGACGAACUAGACAAAAUGGGCAUGGCUGUGGACGGAGUCAACAAGCUGUCUGACCUCUAUCGUUUGCAACCAAUUUUUAUCAGUGUAGAUCCAGAGCGAGACACUCCUGAAGCAAUCAAGGAGUAUCUUAAAGAUUUUCAUCCCACAAUGAUCGGUCUGACUGGCACACGAGAAGAGGUUGACAAAGUUGCCAAGGCAUAUCGUGUGUAUUACAGUUCUUCGCCAGUCAAGGGCGAUAAUGACUACCUCGUCGAUCACACAAUUAUCAUGUAUUUAGUAGGGCCGGAUGGAAAUUUUAUCGACUAUUUUGGUCAAAACCGAACCGACGGCGAAAUCACUGCCGUUGUAGCAAACAAAAUGCUGAAACACAAGUUGUCAGGACGAUGAAAAUUGCAAU